AAAUUUUUUUCUGAAUAUGCACCUUGAAAAUUUAAUUCCCAUUUAUCGGUUUUUUUUAAUUAUUAUUCAAUACAAAAUAUAUAUACAUGUGUAAUCCAGAAUUUUGAAAUAUAAAAAUCUAUGCACAUUAAAUUAAACUAAACAUGGCGUCUAUUUUUUUGUAUUACCAAAUGAAGUGCCAACAACCAAUAGAUGUAUAUACAUGUACAUAUAUAUACAGUAUCACAUACUUACGUACCUACGUGGAUGUACAUAUAUAUAUAAGUAGAUAUAUAAAACGUAAAUUAAACGAACAUAGGAAGCGAAUGUAAUCGUUCUCCGAUUGUGGUAUGCUUACGCAAUUAUAGAUGUGUGCCCUUUAUUGUAUCCAUUAAAUAUAUUUUUCUAAUUUAGUAAAAUUAAUUUUAUAUUAAAAUUCUUCUAUCAGAACUAAAUGUCUUCACUGAAGAUACUUCACUUAAUAAUGGAUUAGACUAAAAUGUCAAUAGGACAGUAACAUGACACAUAUUGUCAAUUUGAAAAUUUUCGACAUUAUUCUCACUUUGAACGUAGAAACUUCAUGGAAUAUUUCAACUUUAGUAAAUUUGAUAUUAUGUAAAUAACUCCCGUCAGAAGCGAAGACUUCAUUUUUUCAAAAUGGAUUUUUCUGGGUGGCGAAUAAAUAAUCGUAUUUUUUGUUUUAUAAAAGUUUCAACAUUUCAUAUAUUUCUACUUAUCUACAUGUACUGAGCUUAGGAUUUAUCCUUAAAUAUACCAAUACGUGCAUAUUGCAAAUGAACUGCUGCAUACAAUAUAUGUACAUAUCAAAGUCAGCUACCUAUCUACGUCUAGUUGUAAUAGAAAAAUAAAUAAGUAUAUAAAAUGAAGAAGAUGGUUCGGAACACGAUGGUAUUAUUCAAGAAGAUAACUUGACAAAAAUGGAGUAUGACCCUGAUAUGACAAUCAAAGAGGACAUUGAUAUGACUCUUGAUGGCACUAUUCGAAAACGAAGGGGAAAUUUACCCAAACACUCAGUUAAAAUAUUAAAAAGGUGGUUGUAUGAGCAUAGAUAUAAUGCUUACCCCAGUGAUGCAGAAAAGCUUACUUUAUCUCAAGAAGCAAAUUUAACAGUACUUCAAGUCUGCAAUUGGUUUAUCAAUGCCAGACGUAGAAUUUUACCAGAGAUGAUCAGACGAGAAGGCAAUGAUCCCUUGCAUUAUACUAUAUCAAGAAGAGGCAAAAAGUUGAAUUCCCAAAACAACAGUUUGAACGCGUCAAAUGUACCAAAUCCAAUAACAGGCAGUCCAGCUUCGGAAGUUAUUGUUGGAGCUACAGAAGAAGUUGAAAAUGAAGAAGUACAUGAUGGAGUUGCAAAUGUCUUAACAGCUUUGGGACAUCAUUUUGUGCAAACGCCCGGUGGUCAAGUUGUAAAAGUUGAACCAGAUAUUGAAUAUGAAGAUACAGUUAUUUAUCGAUCUGAAGAUGAUAACAGCGUUCACGAGUACGAAUCCUGUUCAGCGGGAGAAGAUGAUGGUUCUAAAUAUGAUAAUUCUAACGCAUGGCAAGGUGUAAUUAGCACUGAAGAAGUAACAACAAGUCCAUCUAAUACAACGUAUUGGAGUGCGCCACAUCCUUUAUCACAUUUACAACAAAUUCCUAAUAGUAAUUCUCCAAAUGCCAUCGUUAGUGGUAAUACAGUAACAAUUGAUGGAACAGAAACUGUUGAAAUAGCAGCAGCAACAGUUGGAGCUGAAGCAACAGUUGUUACGUCAUCGCCGGUUAUAUCUGGGAAUAACGUUAGCAGUAAUAUUAACAAUAAUGAUAUAAAUGUCGCUAACAAUAAUCAUUUAUUAACAAAUAUCCAUGCAUUAAUGGGGCAUCAAGGUGGUCACAUUGUGAAAGGUCUUAUUCGUGAUGAAAAAGAUAAAUUUAAAUGUCUAUACCUUUUGGUGGAAACUGCUGUAGCUGUACGUCAACGGGAAAAAGAGCAAGAAGAUGUACAUGUUGUUGGGAAUUGAAAUACGAUAUAAUUAUUUAUUCUUGUAUGUGAAAUAAUAAAUAACAAAUUCAAUUUCUUUAUUAGUUAGUAUUAAAAAUUACAAAUUUAAAAAUAUUCACUGAUUAAAUUUUUCAUUAAUUUAGUUUUAUUUAAUAAUAAAAUUUAUUUUAAAUUACAAAAAAACUUUGAAUUUUUUAUAUAAUUUUCAAUUAAGAUUUUUAACGUAAUCUUAAAUAAAAAAGAAUUAAACAAAGUUAUUGCUUAAAAGUCGACUCAUUAGUAACUUUGUGUUUUAAAUUAUUGUUUGAAUUUAUUAUAAAUUUAUUUAAAAUAAUCACAUAAUACGCUUUGGUAAACUAAUAAUUUGUAACGUAAUUGUAUAAAAAUUUAUAAAAAUUUGUGUUUUAAUAACUGUAUCAUAAAAGCGUUUAUUUCUGGAUUUCGAUUUAAAAAUUUGUCGAAUACUACAUUAUUGUGUUGUUCAGCACAAUGGCGAAAAUGAUUGAAUUAUGCCAUUAUAGAGUGUUAAAUGUGAUUUGUAUAUCAUGUUACUUUAUAUACUAAUCUUAAAUUUUGAGAAAUUCAAAUUUGCAAAUAAAAUCAUAGCCCAAGUUAUUAAAUUAGUUAAAAUAAUAUUAUGAAAAUUUAAAAAAAAAUAUUUCUACACCAUAACAAACUUAUUUAGAAAUUUUAGUUAAAAUAUAUCAAAGAAAAUCAAAUAUUAAUUUGUAUAUUAUAAACAUAGCAUAGUAAACAUAGCAAUGUUCUUUUACAAGAAAUAUUGACUUGUUUAAAAAGAAAAUAUAAUAAAAUAGUUAUAAUCCUUUUUAUAACUUUAACAUUAUCUAGGAUAAAUAUCUAAAUUCGGGAAAAAAUUGAAAUAAAUCUUUUUUC